AUGAGGGGGAAGAUGUCUGAGUCGCAUGUUGAGGCGGGAAACGAGAUGCCGGCCAAAAAACAAAAACUGAGCAGCGAUGAGAAUAGUAACCCCGAUCUUUCUGGAGACGAAAAUGACGACGCCGUCAGCAUUGAGAGCGGCACAAACGCAGAGCGUCCAGAUACCCCGACCAACACAGCUAAUGUCCCGGGCAGAAAAAGCUGGGGCAAGGGCAAGUGGAAGUCUAAGAAGUGCAAAUACUCUUUCAAAUGUGUCAAUAGCUUGAGGGAGGAUCAUGGGCAGCCUUUGUUUGGAGUCCAGUUUAACUGGCACAGUAAGGAAGGUGACCCGCUGGUGUUUGCCACAGUAGGGAGCAACAGAGUUACCCUGUAUGAGUGUCACUCCCAGGGUGAAAUCCGGCUGUUGCAGUCAUACGUGGAUGCAGAUGCAGAUGAGAACUUUUAUACCUGUGCGUGGACCUUCGACACAAGCACUAGUCACCCUCUCCUGGCCGUGGCUGGAUCUCGUGGCAUCAUUCGCAUCAUCAAUCACAUCACUAUGCAGUGCAUCAAGCAUUACGUAGGACAUGGUAACGCCAUCAACGAACUCAAGUUUCACCCUCGCGAUCCCAACCUACUGCUGUCAGUCAGUAAAGAUCACGCCCUGCGUCUGUGGAAUAUUCAGACCGACACGCUGGUGGCGAUAUUCGGAGGUGUGGAGGGGCACAGGGACGAGGUGUUGAGCGCGGAUUUUGAUCUUCUCGGGGAGAAGAUCAUGUCCUGUGGUAUGGACCACUCUCUGAAACUGUGGAGGAUCAACUCAGAGAGAAUGCAGAAAGCCAUCCGAGCCUCUUACGAAUACAACCCCAGUAAGACCAACAGGGCUUUUGUGUCUCAGAAGAUCCAUUUCCCUGAUUUCUCAACAAGAGACAUCCACCGAAACUAUGUGGACUGUGUGCGUUGGCUUGGUGAUCUAAUUCUUUCCAAGUCAUGUGAAAAUGCUAUCGUUUGCUGGAAACCAGGAAAGAUGGAGGAUGACAUUGACCACAUCAAACCCAACGAGUCAAACGUGACCAUCCUCGGUCGUUUUGACUACAGCCAGUGUGACAUCUGGUACAUGCGCUUUUCCAUGGACUUCUGGCAGAAGAUGCUAGCUUUAGGGAACCAAGUGGGUAAGCUUUACGUUUGGGACUUAGAGGUUGAAGAUCCUCACAAAGCCAAGUGUACUACCCUCACCGUCCCCAAAUGCACCUCAGCAAUUAGACAGACCAGCUUCAGUCGGGACAGCAGUAUAUUAAUUGCCGUUUGUGACGAUGCCUCGAUAUGGCGUUGGGACCGUCUACGCUGAUUGGUUAAUGAACCUGGCAGAUUAUAACUGACUGGUGGUUGAAAGUCCUUGUGACUGAGGGACCUAUUUUUUGGAUGCACGGAUCCAGAAAUCUUAGGCCACCGAGGCCUCUUACCAUGAAUUUGUCUGCCCU